CGGGAAUAAUUGAGCUCUUCCGGCUUUUACAUACCAGGGCCUUUUUGCACACAGUGUCAAGGCAUUCUGCUCAACUCCUAGAGACAAAUCGCAUCUGGUCAUCAGCAGCGCCUGAUACCUUUCUAUUUCCCCUUUUCUGCUGAAUAUUAUUUAUAUUUCCUUCCAAUCUUGACAUAUACCCCACUUGCAAAAUGGCUGAAGGUCUUGGAGCUGUUGCCCAGCUCCUUGAGGCAAGUUUGGAUCCUAGACAGAACAAGCAAGCCGAGGUUGCUCUUCGUCAAGAAGAGAGCAAGCCAGGUUUUUCUUUGCAGCUCCUUCAGAUCACGGCGUCCGCUUCCCAGCCCUACAAUACCCGCCUCGCCAGUGCCCUCGCCUUUAAGAACUUUAUCAAGCGAAACUGGACAGACGAGGAUGGAAACUACAAGCUCCAGCUUGAGGAGGUUGCCACGCUCAAGCGGGAACUGAUCAGCCUGAUGAUUUCGGUGCCCGCAGGCAUUCAGACUCAACUGGGAGAGGCUAUCAGUGUUAUUGCUGAUAGUGAUUUCUGGGAGCGAUGGGAUACUCUUGUAGAUGAUCUCGUUUCAAGACUUCAACCAACAAAUCCUCCGGCCAACAUUGGCGUUCUGCAAGUUGCGCAUUCGAUCUUCAAGAGAUGGAGACCCUUGUUCCAAUCGAACGAGUUGUACACAGAGAUCAACCAUGUGCUUGGAAAAUUCGGAAAUCCAUUCUUGGCCCUUUUCGAGGGAUUGGACAGCUACCUCGAGCAAAACAAAUCCAACAAAGAGAACUUAACUCAGGGAUUUACACAGUUCAACUUGAUGAUCAAGUUGCUGUUCGACCUCUCUUGCCACGACCUUCCACCGAUGUUCGAAGAAAAUAUUUCAGGGAUAGCUUCGCUCUUACUCAAGUACCUCACUUACGACAACCAAUUGCUCCACACUGAUGAUGAUACCGAGUCUGGUCAACUUGAAUAUGCUCGGGCUGGGAUUUUCGAAGUGUUGACCCUCUACGUACAGAAGUACAUGGAUGUGUUUAAGCCUCACGUUGGGCAGUUUGUGGAAAGUUCUUGGAGCUUCCUGACUACGAUUGGCCAGGAAACUAAAUAUGAUAUCUUGGUCAGUCGGGCUUUGCAGUUUUUGACUUCGAUUGCCGGCAUGCCCGAUCAUGCCGCAGUCUUCCAAGAUGAGGGCACACAAGGUCAAAUUAUUGAAAAGGUUAUUCUGCCCAACGUCAGCCUACGGGAAUCGGACGAGGAACUGUUUGAAGAUGAACCGAUUGAGUUCAUCCGACGGGAUCUUGAAGGAUCGGACAGUGAUACCAGGCGGCGCGCGGCUACGGACUUUGUGCGAAAACUGGCCGAAAAGUUUGAAGCGUCAGUCACCAAGGUUGUUCUCCAAUACAUCGAGCACUACUUGGCUGAAUAUGCCAAGGACCCUACAUCGAACUGGAAAGCCAAGGACACUGCGACUUAUCUAUACUCGGCAAUUGCAGCUAAAGGAGUGGCUACAGCCAACCUUGGAGUCACUGCAACCAACCCCAAUGUCAGCAUUGCCGAUUACUUCCAAAAUCACCUUUCUGCAGAUUUGCUGUCCGAAGAUGGUUCUCAUCCUAUUCUGAAGGUGGAUGCCAUCAAGUAUCUGUACCUUUUCCGGAGUAUCAUCACCAAGGAACAGUGGCAAGUCGUGCUUCCUUUGCUGGUUAAGCACCUUGCUUCAUCCAACUAUGUUGUCUAUACUUAUGCGGCUAUUGCGGUCGAAAGAGUACUCUACCUCUCCGAUGCUCAGGGACAGCCAAUCAUCGCCCCUGAUUCAAUUACUCCUUUGGCCAAGGAUUUGCUGCAGCACAUCUUCUCUUUGAUUCAGAAGGACCCUGCUCCCCAAAAGGUGCAGGAGAACGAAUUCUUGAUGCGAUGCGUGAUGAGAGUCCUUAUUGUCAUCAAGGACGGCGUGGUGCCGCACACAGAUAUUGUUCUUCAGCAUCUGAUCAACAUAACUCAAAUCAUCAGCACCAACCCAAGUAACCCAAGAUUUUACUAUUUCCACUUUGAAUCUUUGGGCGCUUUCAUCCGAUUCGCCGCGCCCAGCAACCCUGAUAAGCUUGAACAAGCCCUGUAUCCUCCUUUUGCCGGAAUUCUUCAAGGAGACGUGCAAGAAUUUAUGCCAUAUAUCUUCCAGCUUUUCGCGGCACUUCUAGAGGCCAACCCUUCCGGAACACUGCCAAGCUACUACCAAAACUUGGUUGCGCCAAUUCUCAUGCCUGUGAUGUGGGAGUCUAAAGGAAACAUCCCCGCCCUUGUUCGGCUUUUGUCCUCCAUCCUCAUCCGUGGGUCGCAGUUUGUUUUGGAAAGCAACCAGAUCGAGCCUAUUCUUGGUAUUUUCCAGAAGCUCCUUUCUACCAAGACCAACGAAAGCUUUGGAUUUGAUCUUUUGGAGAGCGUUGUUGCGAACUUCCCACCAACCGCCCUGGAGCAAUACUUUGUGUCGAUCAUGCAGAUCAUUCUCACUCGUCUGCAGAACUCCAAGACCGAGAAUCUUACUAUGCGAUUCGUCCGCUUUUUCCACUUUAUCUCUGCCCAUGAUGAGAAGGGCUACAGUGCCGACUUCGUUAUUCAAGUUACGGACAAGGUGCAGGAAGGACUAUUCACUCCUAUCUACCUCAACAUCAUCCUCCCCGAAACCCAGAAGCUCGCUCGUCCCUUGGACCGUAAGACCGCCGUGCUGUCUUUUACCAAGACCCUUGCCAACUCGGAGGCCUUUGCCAACCGAUACAAGAAGGGAUGGGGAUUCACGUGCGAAGCACUGCUCAACCUUUUGGAGCUUCCUCCUCUUCCCGCCAGCAAGGAUGACAUCAUUGAUGACCACGACAUUGAGGACAUGGCGUUCGGAGUUGGCUUCACAGCGUUGAACACUGUGCGACCACAGACCAAGGACCCAUGGCCAGAGACUGGUGCUGAUCUUAAGGUCUGGGUUGGCAAAUAUCUGAAGCAAAUGGACCAGGAGCACGGUGGACGGGUUUCUGGAUUUGUGCAGGAGCGCUUAGGCGAUAAGGCCAAGGCGACGCUGGGCAGCUAUAUCUCCGCAUAAAUACUACCAGUGAUGUCGGGCUAACGUUUGGGUGUAUAUCAUCCAGCGUAGACGUUGACCGCAAUUAAGAAAGAAAGAAAAAAAGUCUAGAUUAAGAUCAAACAUGCCUUUUAUGAGCCACCAUUAUUUAUUAGAUAAUAUCAAAAAUAUUACACAUGAGGUAUUUAUUUACAUAGAAUCGAAUACAGAUAUCGUACAUUCUUAAUCGUAACACCGAGCAGCGAUAUGCACUCAAUCAUCGAUCCUGCCUGUGUUCCUGUGGCUCUGGAGUAGCCUCUGAUUUGGACUCUGGUAUUUCUGAUGGUUCCUCUUCUGCUUCUGCUUCUCCUUCUUCCCCCCCCUCUGGGUCUUUCCCUU